AGCUGAACCUCUCAUCGCACUUGUAUACUGCCAAGCUAAAGAAAGCUAGACUCCAAAUGAAAAACAUAGCUGCAAUGCACAAAAUUUGGUGGCAUGUCGACUUGUGCAAAUAAUUUAAUUCACACCAAUUUUUUAACCUUUCUUCUUGAAUUGAUGAAGAUUAAAAAAUUGAAAAUCUUGCCCACUCCUAUGACUUCAUUGCCCAUAAAACCUCACUCGCCUCCAUUAUAAAGCAAGAUUAAGCAUCCCAAAAUUACAAGAAGAAAAGAAAAAUGGAGUACGUGACCAUUUUGCUAGGAUUGUUGUUCAUAUGGAUUUUGGUGUAUGGAGUGAUGUCACUUGAGAGAAGCAAAAACAAGAAGAGACUUGCACCAGGUCCAUUCCCUUUGCCUAUUAUUGGAAAUCUUCACUUGCUUGGUGACAAACCCCACAUAUCACUAGCUAAACUCUCAAAAAUUUAUGGUCCAAUUAUGAAUCUCAAAUUAGGCCAAGUAAACACAGUGGUUAUAUCCUCGUCAGUAUUGGCCAGAGAAGUCAUGCAAAAGCGAGAUUUGGUCUUUGCCAAUAGGUCUGUCGCAGACGCACUACGUGCCCGAAAUCACUCUGAUUCCUCUGUUGUUUUUCUACCUGUCAACACUCGCUGGAGAACACUUCGCAAGAUUAUGAACUCUAACAUCUUCUCAGGUAGUAAGCUUGAUGCUAAUCAGCAUCUCAGAAAUAAAAAGAUCCAGGAGCUAGUUGAUCAUUUUCACAAGAGUGCCAAAAAUGGUGGAACAGUGGAUAUUGGCAGAGCAGCUUUUAGAACUUCCCUGAAUUUGCUGUCAAACACCAUUUUCUCUAAAGAUUUGAGUGACCCAUUUUCUGAUUCUGCUAAGGAGUUUAAGGACUUGGUGUGGGGCAUUAUGGUCGAGGCUGGUAAACCCAAUUUGGUGGACUAUUUUCCCUUUCUUGUGAAAAUUGAUCCACAAGGUAUAAGGCGGCGCAUGACCGAUCAUUUUACUAAGGUUCUUGACCUUAUGAGUGGUUUGAUUGAUGAGCGGCUAAAGGAAAGGAAACUGAGAAACCAUGCAAAUGUUGAUGUUUUAGAUGCCCUUCUCAACAUUAGCCCAGAAGAGCUUGACAGGAAUCACAUCGAGCAUUUGUGUCUGGACUUGUUUGUAGCAGGGACCGAUACAACAUCAAAUACGUUGGAGUGGGCAGUGGCGGAACUACUUAAGAAUCCACAUACUUUAGAGAAAGCCCAAGAAGAACUUGCACAUGUGAUUGGCAGAGGCAAACUAGUAGAUGAAACUGAUAUUGCACAGCUACCUUACUUGCGAUGCAUGGUGAAAGAAACAUUACGAAUACACCCGGCGCUUCCUUUCUUAAUCCCGCGCAAAGUGGAGGAAGAUGUUGAGCUUUGUGGCUAUAUUGUCCCAAAAGACUCGCAAGUUCUAGUGAAUGUGUGGGCAAUUGGGCGCGACUCUGGCCUAUGGGAAAAUCCGUUGGACUUUAAGCCAGAGAGGUUUUGGGAGUCGGAAAUAGAUGUUCGAGGCCGGGAUUUUGAGCUCAUACCAUUUGGUGCUGGUCGGAGAAUUUGCCCUGGAUUGCCUUUGGCUAUCAGGAUGGUUCCAGUAGCACUAGGUUCAUUGCUAAAUACGUUUAACUGGAAGCUCCAAGGUGGAAUUGCACCUAAAGAUUUGGACAUGGAGGAAAAAUUUGGUAUUACCUUGGGAAAAGCCCAACCUCUGCUAGCUACUCCAAUCCCACUCUAGCUAUAGUGAUAUACUUAGGGGUCGUUUGGUACACGGAUUAAAUUAGCUCGGAAUUAUAAUCCCGGGACUAAUUUAUCCCACUUGUGAGGUAGGAUAAUGUAAUCCCGAGUUUGAUUGGAUAAUAUGGGAUAUCCUUUAUUAAGACUGUGAUUAAUUAAAUUUAUACCAUGUUUCGUUGA